UCAUUCCCACUCAAAUAGCUUUUCGAAUCGGACGCUAGUGAAAUGAAGAACCAUUUGGCAGUGUUCCUGGUCGUGGCAUUAGCUGCUCUAGCGGAACUGCCAGGAGUUAGAGCUUCGUCCGUGGAUAUACUGUCCCAUUGUGUCGCCUGUCCGGACGAAUUCAAGGGCAAGUUGGUGUGCGCCUUCAUCAACGGCUGCUACUUGGAAAUAGAGUACUGCUCCAUGGUGGUCUUCAACUGUGGACGCCAACAGCACCACAAGCACCUGUUCCUGGUCGUAAACGAGGGCAAGUGCACGCCAGUUCGGGGAUUCAAAUGCGAGACCAUGGACUUUUAAAUUCUGGCGGAGACUCUCCGCAUUUAUUUAUUGAUGCAAUGAUUACAUUUGAAAGUGCUUAAUCUGAGGGAAAUGUGUGACGAUGUGAUGAUUAAAACUUGACAAUGUGUCCGGUGAAAUAGACAGCGUGCUUGUCCCGAAUGAUGAACGCAAA